ACCUAUGGGUAGUGAAAGAAAAGGUUUAGAAUUGGUAUCAAAUGAUGGGUUUUUUAUAUGCUAUCGGAGGCUAUAAUGGAAAUAAUGAAGAUUUAAAUUCAAUGGAAAUGUUUGAUAUAAAAACAAAACAAUGGACUCGUAAAGCAAAUAUGCCAUCAAAAAGAUUUUGGUUUAGUUCGGUAUCAUUUAUGGGCAAAAUAUAUGUUUGCGGCGGUGAAGGUAAUAGUGAUAGAAAAUCAUGCGAAACAUAUGAUCCGCAAACAAACAAAUGGACACCAAUUGCAUCAAUGAAUGAUGAGAGAAUUGAAUUCAAAAUGGUUGCUUUUGAAGACAAUUUAUAUGCAUUGGGUGGUUAUAUAAGAAAUAAAGGUAACUCUGAUUCGGUUGAAAUAUACGUUCAUUAUUCAGAUAAAUGGUUUUAUUCGACAUCAUUGUCACAAAAAAUGCGUGAAUUUGGGGUAUAA